CCCUGGGCCCUGCUGCAAUUGCCAUUAAUAGCCAGCUGAGCCGCCCGGCUAAAAAUAACCACCGGCCCUCUUCAUAAGUCGCCGCCGGCCGGCCCCCCCGGCAGCCCCGCACACCAUGGCCGAACGCCGCGUCCCCUUCACCUUCCUGCGCAGCCCCAGCUGGGACCCCUUCCGCGACUGGUACCAUGGCAGCCGCCUCUUCGACCAGUCCUUCGGGAUGCCCCAUAUCCCCGAGGAUUGGUACAAGUGGCCGAGCGGCACCGCCUGGCCGGGAUAUUUCCGUCUGCUGCCCCGGGAGAGCGCGCUGGUGCCGGCCCCCGGCUCGCCCUACGGGCAGGCGCUGAGCCGCCAGCUCAGCAGCGGCAUCUCCGAGAUCCGCCAGACCGCCGACAGCUGGAAGGUCACCUUGGACGUCAACCACUUCGCGCCCGAGGAGCUGGUGGUCAAGACCAAGGAUAAUAUCGUGGAGAUAACCGGCAAACACGAGGAGAAGCAGGAUGAACACGGCUUCAUCUCCAGGUGCUUCACCCGAAAAUACACUCUCCCCCCCGGCGUUGAAGCCACAGCCGUGCGGUCCUCGCUGUCCCCCGAUGGCAUGCUCACGGUGGAGGCCCCCCUGCCCAAGCCGGCCAUCCAGUCUGCUGAAAUCACCAUCCCCGUCACCGUCGAGAGCCAAGCCAAGGAGCCAGCCAAGAAGUAGGCGGCAGCGAGGAGGAAAAGGAGGAGGAGGAGAAGCUGCUGCCCCCCCCCGCGCCCACACAAGCUGCAUCCUCACACCCGCCCCCACUCGCAGCCCCCUUUUUAUUGUUUAUUUUGUACUCGCCCGGUCACCGAGUGCCUUGAAUAAAUGUGAAGGAACCGAUAGAAUCAGCUGGAAUAAAAAGUGGUGAAAGAAA